AUGGAUUUUAAUGUCUGGAAUAUCAAAGAGAUGCUCAGUAUUCCUUCAGGCUCUGGGGCUACAAAGUCAUUUAACUGGAAUAAUAAUCAGACUGAUUACUCCAGUCUCAGUGAUUCCCAGUUCCUCUUUGGAUCCCAGUUCUGUCCAGAAAAUUCAGAGACCCUGUCAGCACCCUUGGACACUGGUACCCAUUCAAGACAGCCAAAACAGUCACAACAGAGUUCUCUGGAUAGUGAACCUAGUAUUUUCACGAAGUACCAGACAAAACCUCAGCUAUUUGGAGGAGAGACAAAAGAUGGUGGCUUCUUUCCUCUUCCUUUGCCAGCUGGAAAAUCAAAGAGCCUCUUGGAACAGUUUGAAGAGAAAAAGAAAAGAGCAAAAGACAAAUGUGACAGUGAGGUUCUAUGCAGCUUUAUUUCCCAUGUCAAAGAAAGUAUGCACAGAUUGCAGACAUCUGUGGAAAAGUCUGAGGAACAUCUCAGUUCAAGAAGUCAAUCUAUUUUGGAGUCUUUGGAGACUGUGGCCAAGACACUGCAAGAGACUGCACAGGCCCAGAGUGACCUGAUCCUUGAGGCCGUGCAGGACAAAGGCAGCAUGGAGCAGACCAUCCUUGAGAUGCAGAAGAGAUUUGAAGCUAGACAAGCAGAGUUUAUAGAAAUGAAGUCUAACCUGAAGACCCUUGAAGUCUUAGUUGCCCAACAGAGCAAGGACUUCCAGCAGCUGUGCGAGCAGCUAGGCCAGCUGAAUGUACCCAGUGUCCUGGCAGACCUGAAGAAGUUUAUCUCCAUCCCUCGAGUAAGUGAGCAUGUGAAAGACAGCACUUCCCAGACCUCACCAGUGCUAGCCCAGAACCUCAAUUUCCCCAGGCAGGAAAAAUCAUCCUCUGAGGAAUCAGUUAUGUGGCUGACCCAGCCCCUCCCUACUACAUGGGAUUACAGUGCAGGCUCCCUGCAGCUCAGAGAGUUGGGUGUCUGGGGCGAGGAAGCAAAGAGUGAUGCUCUCGAAGAAGAGGCCAUGCUGCCAGCAGCUGGCCCAAGUAAAAGAAUCAAGCACGUGCAGGACAAGGAGGUGCAGACUAACUGUGAGCAUUGUGCUCUUAGUAAAGCAGGACCUGAGAACCACGACUCCAGCAUUCUGGGCCACAAGGUUCCUGGCAAUAGGGACCCGGUCUCUCAGGGAGCCUCACGACCCAUAUCCCUAGAUUUGAACAACUUUGCAGCCAGCAUUAAGAACUCCUGCCAAGAAUAUCAAGCCAAAGGUGUAUUCUCAUGUUAUCCAUGUGGACAAAGUUUGGUAACGGAACCAAAAGGCAGAAUUGUAGAGAAAGGGGAAAAAGGCAAGAAGCAGCAGCCUAGGAAAGCCCACAAAGGUGGCUUCCAAUCCAGAAAACGAAAACAAACCCAAAGCAAAACUUGUGCUAUCAAUUCUAAAAAUCAGGGCCCUCAGCCUUCAGUUUCAGGCCCACAAAGGGCCCCCUUGGGGCAGCAGGAAUCCUUUCAGCAACCUCUGCGUCUACGGAGUUCCAAGAGCCCUGCAAAGCCAGCCUGGCCUACUCUGAGAGGGGCAGUCAUGCCCAGUAAAACAGCAAGGACAGUUCAAGGAAAAUUCUUGAAGCUUGGUAGGUGUCCUUCCCAAGACAACAGCCUGCUUUCUUCCAGUAGCUCCCCGGGGGACCACCAGAUGAGCUGGUUCAGCAGCCUCAACCUGAGAAGUUCAGAGUCUCCUUUGUGCAAGGGGCCAGGGAAGAAUCUGCUCUAUGAUCUGGCUUUUGAUAGCAGUGAUGAUGGCUUCUGA